UCAAAAAAUUUUAUACGAGUAAGUACAAAAAUUCAAGAACUUUUGGACGUGUAGGGAUGAAUUUUCGGUAUUUCAUAUCACAGACGUUUCUGCAAGUUGUACCGCCGUUAUAUUUUUAUUUACGUACUUUCAGACCUUUCUGGCUUGUGCUGGUGUAAACUUCGAAUGAGAUUGUUUCGUUUAUUAACCUGUCUUAAUGCUGGACUGACUUGUGUACCUAUCGCCAGUUAUCCUGUUAUCGUGCUGGCAGUUACUACUCCGUACAUGAACGAAAAUGCCUCGCGAACUUCAUGUUCACGAAGUCAGGUUUUUCGAUCCGAAACCAAAAGCGGUCCAUUAUCUGGCAUAUGAGCCGAAAUCGAGACGCUUAGCAGCAGUCAGGUGCAACAACGAUCUUGACGACCAGCUUUCUUCGACUGAUGGCAAUAGGCACGACCGUUCGCUCCCGUCAUCUUACUUUAUCGAAAUAUGGAAUCUUCGCGAUGGGCCUUGCUUGGAACUCCAGAUCAAUCUGGGUUCGGAGUGGCGACAAAGCGUGGAAGCAGUAUGCUGGCGCAGUUCUCGCAAUCUCUUUGUGUCUGGAAUUCAUGGACAUGUGAUCCUAGUUUGCGUGGAAAGUGGGAGAAUUCUGAAAACUGUGGCUGCCGUUUCGGGAGCAGUGUGGUCUCUGGCCAUGAACCACACUGCGACUCUUUUAGCAGCCGGGACUGAAGAUGGAUAUAUUUCCCUGUUCGACGUUAAAGACAGUGGCAGUUUCGAAUACUUAAGAGCACUCGAUCCAAAAGGAAGCCGUGUUCUCGCAUUAUCCUGGCAUCCUGAUGCCAGCAGUGAAUUGUUAGCAGCAUCCGGUCGCGGAAAAAUAUGUGUGUGGGAUACGAAAAAGGGUGUGGUUCGGCAGGAAAUGCGCCCGAACAAGCGAGGAAAAGAAGAAACCAUUGUGUCUAGUGUGCUGUUUUUAAAAGAUGGUACGCUCGUUUCCGGUGAUUCUACGGGAGCAACUGUUUUCUGGGACAUCGCUACGGGUACUUCUUUAAUGAAUUUCACGGGGCAUCGCAGUGGCGUUCUCUCUUUGACUUCCUUAAUUCUUCCCGAUCAAAUAAUGGUUUAUGCGAGUGGAAUGGAUCCUACAACAUACGAAUUCCGUUCUGUUAGGACGGAUGUCGGCGUAUCGCAAUGGGUACAGACAUUUGCCCGCCAUUCUCAUACCCAUGAUGUCCGAGCAUUAUGCUCAGCCAGGCAGCGCAUUAUUUCCGGUGGACAGGACUCUUAUUUGAUCAUGACAGGAGUUCUCACAGAUAAAAUGUUUUUAAAGAUUCCAUCUAACACGGAGGGUACCGUUGUUCAAGUUGCUAGUAAUCCGAUACACCCGGAAGCCCCGUUGUUGUGCCUGCAGAAUAAUAACUGGUUGGAAAUAUGGUGUUUGACGUCGGUGUCAAAUGGCUGCAUUCCAGAUUAUACGUCGUUGUUAAGGUAUACCUUUGCUAAAGGAAAGGAAAUAAUAACGGCAUCCGCGAUUGCAGACAAUGGUCGUUGGUUAGCUGUAAGCAGUCCACGUGGAACGAUAGUCUACAGGAUAAUUCUGUCGGGCGAUCAAAGUCAAAUGGACUUGAACAUCAUUAAAGCGGUAUCUUCCAGUGAUAUUUUUCUGGGCGCCGCACAUCGACUACACUUCUGUGGGAACAGAGACGAAUUGAUCGUGGCAGACGAGAAAAGUCUUUACAUAUGUCGAAUGCGCUGGGCACCUGAUCAAGGGCAGUUCGGCGCUACUGUCGAGAAAGUGGAAGAUUUGCACUUUUUUGGCGAAGAUGAGAGGCUUCGGUUUUUGACUUCUGGUGCGGAGGGGCGAUUUGUUGCAUUUGUCAGUUCACGCGGGGAUGUUAAGAUUUACGACAGGAAUUCGAAAAGACAAGUUCACAUGGAUGUGGACGAAGAUACUGAAAAUGAAUUCGUUACUACUCCGUAUGAACCGAUUUUGCCACCGCAAAGCGGUUCGGUGGUUGUUAGCUGCGCAAUAGCGGAUUGUGAUGCUCCGCUUCUUUUAUUAUCAUACGCCAAUGGAAUUGUUGCUAGUUUUAAUAUUAUUACACUGGAAUAUUCUAAAAUCGAGGGAAUUAGUUUGAUGGACUGCAACAUUCCGCUGACCCACUGCAGUAUUUAUCGGCAUCUGGUAUUACUUCAUAACUGGCAAGAAGGCUGUUUGCUGGAAAGGAGCGGAAGCAAUUGGAUUGUUCGUAAAAUGUUGAAGUUCGACGAGUUUUUGAUAAGAAGUUUGUUUUCUCCGAAUGGAAAUCUUGUGAAUGUGGUACAAACUCCGACCAUGAUCCACAAUCAGUUGCCUCCCAUGAUAGCAAGGAAGAUUUUCGGUAUUUAAUGCAUUUGUUUCCUGGUUGUUUAUUUCACACAUCGAAGUUUUUCGUGGAGACCUUGUUAAUGUUUGAUUGUUUUUAGUGUGAAUGUUUUAAAUUAGUUUUGCGAAACGCCACUGAACAAUACUUUUAAUAGCGAAUCAUUAAGGGAGCAUAGACUCGUGCAGUGGUAGAUCUCUUUUAUCAAAACUUAGAGGGAUCAUUAUGCUGGUGAAAACAUGCGGUAUAUUAUUAUACCGGCAGUUAAUUUAAUGAAGAAAAACUGAAAAAUAUACGUUGCUUGUUUAUAACUCAAGCUAUCAGAAGCAUAUUUUUUAGGCACUGGUAUCAUA